UCAAGAGAAAGUGAAAGAAUACAGCAAGCAAAAAUACACAACAGACCUGGAACAUCAAGAGAAAGUGAAAGCAUAUAGUUGUGAGAAAUACAGAAAAGAUUUGAUACACCAAAAUAAAGUCAAAUGUGAAAGUGUCAAAAAUUAUAAAGCAAAUCCUGAUCUUCGACAAAAAUUAAAAGCACUAAAUAAAGCCAAAUACCACAAAGACAGUGCUUUUAGACAUAAAGUCCUGGCUAAAAAACGAUUCAACAGAAAUCAAGAUAAAGUACUAACUGAUCAGAUUAAUUCUGUAAUGAAUGAGUUUUUAAAGAAAUCAAAUGAUGGACCUGAAUUUGUUUGCUGUGUAUGUUUCCGAUCCAUGUUUAAAGCAGCAGUAGUUCCAUACAAACAAAAGAACUACAAAAACAAAGCAGCUCAAUUAACGGCGGAAACAUGUGUCUCGGAUGAGUAUUUGCAUGAAUGUACCUCUGACUGCAAUAAACCAUGUCCAUUACAAGAAUCAAGAGGAGAGCUUUGGAUGUGCAAGGUCUGUCAUUCAAAGAUCCGAAGAGGUGUAACCCCAGCAGAAUGGUGGGGAAACAAUUUACAACUGGAUUCAAUUCCUCUUGAGUUAUCUUGUUUGAAUCAUCUGGAAAAACACCUGAUUUCUUUAAACAUUCCAUUUAUGAAAGUAUUGGCUUUACCAAAGGGUGGUCAAAAUGGAUGCCACGGACCAAUUUUUUGCAUCCCUUCUUCAGUAAAUCAUACUUGUUCUGUUUUGCCUCGGUCAAAUCUAGAAGGUUGUCUGUUACGUGUUAAAUUAAAGCGCAAGCUAUCUUACAAAGGACAUUAUGAAUAUCACUUUGUUGACACAAAUCACCUGAAAGAAGCACUUAAAUAUUUAAAGGAAAACAAUCAAUAUUAUCAAGACAUAGAAAUAAAUGAAGAAUGGGUGAAUGAGUUUGCUAAGGAAGAAGAAAACCAAGCACAAGACGACUCUAAUGAUAACGCACAAAAAAACAGUUCCCCUGAGGAUGCACAAGACAAAACUCAACAUGAAGAAGAAAUACAUACAGAAGAAGUCUCAAACAAUAAUUCAAAACAACCUGAGUCUCCUGAUGAAGAAGAUGAAACUCUACAUGACCGGCAAAACCACUGUAUUUAUCAAGAUUCUUGUUCCAUGCCUGUUGAUCUUGGUCAAGAAACUCUUGAUCAGGGUUUUGAAGAUAUAAUUAAUCUGGCACCUGCUGAAGGAAACAAUCCUGUGCGUAUUUUGUCAGAUAAAGAUAAUGAAGCAAAAUCCUUUCCAUAUCUUUUUCCAUUAGGGAACAAUACUUAUCAUACGCCCAGACAGCACUACUUGACAUUGGCACGAUAUUUUAAUAACAGAAUAUUGCACGCUGAUGGAAGGUUUGCAAAGUGCGUUGAAUACAUUUUUUUUGCACAAUACAUGUCAGAAGUUCAGCAAGUCAUUCAGCAAGUGUCAAUAGCAUCACGCAAAGGACACACAAAUCCUGCAGGCCAAAAAGACAAUGCUCCAGAAAACACUGAGUCUUUGCAAGACAUCAUUAAGACUGAUGAAGGAUAUCGUUUUCUAAGGCCUAUAAGAGGUACUCCAAGCUUUUGGCAAGGUGCACAAAAGGAUUUACUUGCCAUGGUGCGGAAUCUGGGAAAACCCACUUUCUUUUGCAGUUUUUCAUCUGCAGACUUGCGCUGGGGAGGGCUUUUAAAUUCAAUUUUGAAGCAAGAGGGGAGAACUGAAACUUCUGAGAGUUUGGAGUAUGCUGAAAGGUGUGAACUGUUGCGUAAUCGCCCUGUCACUGCAGCACGCAUGUUUGACUACAGGUGGCAUCUCUUGUUGAAUUACGUGUUACUAUCUUCAUUGAAUCCAAUAGGAAAGAUUAAAGAUUACUUUUAUCGAGUAGAAUUUCAACAACGUGGAUCACCCCAUGUACACGCUUUAUUUUGGAUUGAGGAUGCUCCUGAGAUUGGAAAAAACACAGAUGAAGAAGUGGUGAAAUUCAUCGACAAGUACAUAACAUGUGAAAUACCGACACAAGAUCAGCAAUUAGCUGAAACUGUUACCUCCGUACAGCAACAUUCUCAACGGCAUUCGAAAACCUGUAAGAAAAAGAAUACAGCCUGCCGGUUCAAUUUCCCACGCCCUGUAUCUGAACGUACUUUCAUCACCAAAAAACAGAAAAUACCAAAGUGCCCAAAGUGCCAGGGUGACACUGCAACAAACAGCCAAGAACAAAAAAAAGACACUGUUGAAUGCAUAUGCUCUCAAAAUGAACAGAACUUUAUGAAAGAAGAGGAUGCAAUGAAAAUACUGACAACUGUUAAAAAAGCACUUCUGGAUAAAGACAAUCCCAUUACGAGUAUCCAGCAACUGUUUCAAAAUGUUGGCAUUACGCAGGAAGUAUGGGAGAAAGCACUUAAAUGUGUUGAAAAACGCAUGCAAAUUGUCCUGCAAAGAGAUGUCAAUGAAAUCUGGAUUAAUCCAUAUAAUCCACUUUUGUUGAAAUGUUGGAACGCUAACAUGGACAUCCAAUAUGUGGUUGAUGUAUAUGCUUGUAUCGUUUAUAUUAUCAGCUAUAUGUCCAAAUCUGAGAGAGAGAUGGGGCUGUUGUUGAAACAAACACAUCAAGAGGCCACAAAACAGGGAAACGCUGAUGCCAAAGAAGCAAUGAAGAAGAUUGGUCAAGCCUACCUCCAUAACCGUGAUGUGUCUGCACAAGAAGCUGUGUACAGAAUCAGUCAAAUGCACCUCAAAGAAUGUUCAAGGAAAGUUGUGUUUAUCCCCACAGGUGACACAAUUUUCAAACUCACCAAACCACUAAAUGAACUGAAAAAGUCAGGAAACAAUGACAUUUGGAUGACUGGAUUUGUGGAUCGAUAUAAGAACAGACCACAGAAUGACACUUUUGAUGAUAUGUGCAUAGCCACAUUUGCUUCAGAGUAUCGUGUGUUAAGUACAUCAGAAAAGAAAUCCAAAAAUGUGAUUAAGUUACAGAAUUCAUGUGGCUAUAUUUCAAAGCGAUUCAGAACCAAACCUGCUGUUGUGCGCUAUGCACGGUUUUCAGAAACAAAGAAUCCUGAGCUAUAUUACAAAAGCCUGUUACAGCUGUUUUUUCCUUAUCGUCAUGAUAACGACCUCAAACCUUCAUCAUUUCAUUCUUUUGAACAGUUCUACAAAGAGGGCACAGUGCAGCUUGGCAACCAGACCGUUUCAGUGAUGUCAAUUGUGAACUCAAACAGAUCUCACUAUGACAUUGAAACUGAAGAUUUGGAAGAGAUAAAAAAUAACCUGGACUCUAAUGAAAUAUUAGAGGAUGCUUGGGCCAUGCUUUGUCCUGAGCAAGAAGCAGAACGUUUGGAAGCCACUGAUGAACUUGCACAGAGUAAACUGGAUGAUGAAGACCCCUUGCCCCAUAUUCCUGAUUUAGGGAUAGCUAACAAAGAAACUGCUCAUUUAGAAAAACAACACAAUGCGAUGACUCGAGCUGAAGGUUUGGAUUUAAUUCGAUCUUUAAAUGACAUCCAGCUGUCUAUUUUUUUCAAAAUACAAAAGUGGUGCGUACAAAAAGUCAAUGGAAAUGAUCCAGAACCUUUACAUGUGUUCAUUACUGGUGGCGCUGGCACAGGGAAAAGCCACUUGAUUCGGGCCAUUCAGUACGAAGCCAAUCGUCUAUUUGCUCCAAUGCGACGCCACCCAGACAACAUGAGUGUUUUAAUAACAGCACCCACUGGUAUGGCAGCAUACAACCUAAAUGCAUCUACAAUUCACAGUGCAUUUAGCAUUGGAACAGAUGUGACACUUCCCUACAUACCAUUAGGUGAAGAAAAACUCAAUUCUCUCCGUGCCAAAUAUAUUGACGUGAAGUUAGUAAUCAUUGAUGAAAUAUCAAUGGUUUCUCAUAAACUGCUCACAUAUAUACAUGGACGGCUGAGGCAAAUCAAGCAAAGAGGUGAUGUUUCCCCUUUUGGAAAUGUCAGCCUUAUAGCAGUUGGUGAUUUUUAUCAGUUACCACCAGUUAUGGCAAAAGGCUUGUACACUGACAAUCUACCUCUGAACUUUUGGUCAAGUUUCAAAAUGGCUGAACUGAAAACAAUUGUCAGACAGAAGGAUACCACAUUUGCAGAAUUACUGAACAGAUUAAGAACACGAUCGAAAGGGACACCCAUGCUUCAUGAAGACAUCCACAUUCUACAAAGUCGUGAAACUGGAGAGGAGUCUUCUGCUCUACAUAUUUUCCCAACAAAUUCACAGGUAAAUGAACAUAACUUUAACCAGCUCCAAGCCACUUGUCCUGACUAUCAAACAAUAGAUGCACAGGACUAUCACUACAACAGGAAAACUGGAAAAAUGGAAACCAAAGUCACACCUCACAGUAAAGACAACCUCACCAGUCUGCAGAAACAGCUAUUUUUGGGUGUUCCUGCUAGAGUAAUGCUGUGUAAAAACAUUGAUGUGGAAGAUGGAUUAGUCAAUGGAGUCUGUGGAACUGUAACACAUAUUAGUGAAACGGAAAGAAAUGGACUUCCUGAAGCUGUGUAUGUUCAGUUUGAUGACAUCAAUGUUGGUACACAGAGACGAAAGAAGUACCCAUCCACUGCACCUGCUUUAAUAAACUCCACACGGAUACAGCCAGAGGAGGAAAGGGCUAACAGCAAAGGGGGGAAACGUCGUCAGUUUCCUCUUGCACUUGCCUGGGCUGUUACAAUCCACAAAGUACAAGGCCUGACUGUUGACAAUGCUGUGGUGUCGCUAAAGCAAGUGUUUGCCUCAGGACAAUCUUAUGUGGCUUUAAGUCGUGUAAGAAGUCUAGAUGGCCUUAUUAUCCAGGACUUUGAUGAAAAGGCUAUUUAUUGUAAUGAUGAGGUAAAACAUGCCUUGGAAGCUAUGCCACGCUUCUUGGACGACAAUGUGUCACAAGCCAAACAGUCAGCUGAUGUGUUAACCUUGUUUUUGAUGAAUGUUCAGGGUUUAGUAAAACAUGUACCUGAUUUGGUGUCAUCCACGCAGCAUUUACAGCCUGACUGUAUAGCUGUGACAGAAACAUGGUUAACAUGUCAGUCUGCACUUCAUAGUGUUGACAUAGACGGUUACAGUUUUCACAGCCGUCCACGAAGUCUGGCAUAUGAACACAGCAAGCAUCCGGCUCUUACUACACUCAAAAGUCAACAUCAUGGGGGAGUGGGCAUGUAUUGCUCCAACAACACUAACUAUCACUUUCCUGAUGCACCCCAAUUUAAUUUGGAGUGCUUAAUUUACAAAAAUGUAAAUCAUCAGGUUUUAGUUGCAGUUGUGUAUCGACCACCAACAUAUCCCAUGUCUGUGUUCAAGCAGAACUUGAAAAAUCUGCUAACUUGGCUACAGGCACAAAGUCAGUCAGUUGUGAUUAUGGGAGAUUUCAAUGAUGACAUAUUGAAAUCAUCAUCACUCUGCAAUUUCAUGAGCAGUUAUGGAUAUGUUCAGAAUGUCACAUCUCCAACUACAGAACGAGGCACUUUGAUUGAUCAUGUCUAUGUCAAAUCUCAACAAUAUGAGAUUUCAUCAGAAGUUGUUCCAACAUAUUUCAGUGAUCAUCAGGGCAUAGUCUGCUCUCUUAAGCUGAAGUCUGUGUAG